AAUCAGUUCCCUCCAGCUCGCCGCAAUAAGAUGAAGGUUGGCCUCUCGCUCUGCCUCUUCUCCUUCGUAUCUCUGUUGGGUUGGAGACCUUCCGCUGGGUCGAAGAAACUGCCUCUGGGUCACUGCUCGGUCUCCGUGGACAUUCAGAAACUAAGAGAUGAAUUUUCAGGAAUCAAAGCCCUCAUUCAAUCUGAAGAUGAAAGCAUGAACAUCAGGAUUUUAAAGAGAUCCGAAUCUUUGCAAGUCACAGAGCCGGCGGACAGAUGCUGCUUCCUCCGCCACUUAUUCAGACUCUACCUGGAUCGGGUGUUUAACCACUACAAGACACAUGACUCUGACAUCCUCAGGAAGAUCAGCACCAUUGCCAACACUUUUCUGGGGGUCAAAAGGGACCUCCGGCUUUGUCACGACCACUCUACGUGCCAUUGUGGGGAGGAGGCAAGAGGGAAAUUCAGCAGGGUUCUGAGUCAUUUCGAGAAGCUGGAUGCUGAAGCAGCAGCAGUGAAAGCCCUGGGAGAACUGGACAUUCUUUUAAGCUGGAUGGAAGACAUCGAGCAGCCAGAAUAACAUGAGCAGUCCACAGCUUCUCACCUUCCUCUUCCAAGUUCACGUCUCCCACCAGCAGUGCGGCUCUUCUCUGAAGCGAUUUAGUGCAGGAUAUUAUUUAUCUUAUUUCCUAAUUGCGGCAUUGUAAAAUAAUUUCACACCAUAAUUUUGUAUGAGGGAUUGUUACCGAAACUCAUUUUCUAAGGCUGAAUGCGUUUAUUAAUAUUGGUUAUUUAUUUUCUGUUAUUUAAUGUUUUAUUUAUUUUUUUCUAUUUGGAUAAUGAUAUUUGUACCUAACUUAUUCCUGUUUGAGUGGGCCUUUUUUUUAAAAAAGAAUAAAUUAUUAAUGAUUCUCUACA